AUGGGCAUCGACGUCGCUGCCAUUCGCGCAGCUUUUGCAGCAUGCGACUUGGAACUCAAUGAAGAUGCAACCAGUACAUGCGUGUCGAUAUGCAAGGAGUUUGGAUUGAGAUCAGAAGACAUGGCCGCGCAGUGGGAUGCUUAUUCGAUGAACCAGCAGCUCGUAGGUGCCGCUACGACUGACGACCUCGUGGCAUUUCGCUCGUAUCUCAACCAGCAGAAACUGAAGACAAAAGAAAUAGCGACCACAGCUCCUUCACAGCAUCGUCGUGGCAUGAAGACGCCCGUGAUGAAGCGCGAGGCCGAAAGUCAGGACAAACUUGAGUCGCUGUACACUGUCAAGUCGCCUGAAGGAAAGCACCAUGCACGUUCAUUCUCGAGUCCCCCAGGAAGCAACAAAGUACAACGCACGAACGAUUUUUUGUCUCCUUCGACGAUGCAGUUUUCACCUGGAAUUAAUAUUUAUGAGAAUCGCUCGGACGCUGGCAAAACCGUGUCGGAAUUCAACGCGCACUUGAAAACACAGAUAGAAGGACUGGACGGUGGAGCAGGAUGCGUCGUCAACAUUGCAUUUCCCUUUCCGUCACGUAACCAGUCCCCUAAUGCUACGUACAUGUACACACCACAGUUUCAACGAGCAAUCGCGUUGGAUGAACAGCUGGUCGAGUAUGAGGAGCUGGUAAAAGAAAAGUUCAAACUAGAAGUGCUCAAGCCGGUGGGAGACCCUUCGCCAGCGCAAGUGACGGUAGUGGGGCGUAUUGUGUGUGAGGCAGCUGAAGGCAAGCUGAAUUCGAGCGUUGUGCAGAUUGAAGGAUCCAGGAAGACUUGCGGGGGUCAACGCGUGCUCCUCGACUUGAGUAAAGUUCCUAACUUUCAGCUUUUCCCCGGAAAGAUUGUUGCACUGGAAGGUGUUUUUUCGGAUGCGCGUUCCCCCAUGGCAGUCCGGAAGUUUCUUGAGCCUGUUCCGACGCCGCCCUCUACAACCUCUCCUGCGCGUAUCAAAGAGAUCCACACUGAGCGCGGAAAGCCAGUCCAUGUGCUGGUUGCUUGUGGUCCAUUCACGACUUCCAGCAAUGUGGACUACUUGCCACUGAAUGAUCUUCUUCAAAUUGCCAUCGACCAGAAGCCAGAUGUGCUUGUGCUUGUUGGCCCGUUCAUUGAUUCAAUGCACUCAAUGUUCAAGGACGGGUUGGUCAAAUACGACGGCAUGAUGCUCAGCUUUGACGAGAUUUUCUUGUUCAAAGUAAUGACGCUGCUAAACAAAGUGCUGGCCCAAGACGAGCGGAUUCAAAUUGUGCUCGUUCCAUCUUUAAGAGACGCCAACCACCAUUACGUAUACCCGCAGCCUCCGCUGGACAAAAAGAAAGCGUGUGAAGCAUUUGAGGCGCCCGAGUACGCCAAGCGCAUCCAUUUUAUGUCCAAUCCUAGCACGUUUUCUAUAAAUGGGGUUGUGUUUGGAGCGUCUGCCUUGGACGUGAUUGUUCAAUUGAGCUCGAACGAACUGUACAGAGCCCAAAGUCGUGAUCCGAACCGAUUGCUGCGGCUAUGUGAACAGGUUAUUGAUCAGCGAAGCUACUACCCAAUAUUUCCUCCACCUCCUGGUAGCGAAGCACCUAUCGACCUACGCUAUACGAAGCAGUUUCAGAUUGAAGAGACGCCGGAUAUCCUGUUACUCCCUUCAGUCCUCAACCGUUUUUGUGGGCGAGCAAAAGACUCCAUUUGUAUCAACCCGGGUCAGCUGUGCAAGGGCGAGUCCGGUGGCACAUUUGCGCAUAUAAUCAUCCUCCCGUUGUCCAACGACAAGGUCGAGAGUGCGAUUGACGACAAAUGUGCACAUUUUGUGCCAGAUCGAACUUUUGUCGAAAUUAAGCGCAUCUAG